CAAUUUAAACCAAGAAGUUGUUUAGAAAUCCUAGUUAUCACCCAGUCAACUUGAGUUCUGAAAACAUCACGUAUCCGGUGGCAACCUUGAGACUGGAGGAGUCUUGAGGGGAAAGGGAAGACGGAGUAGGAGACUUUGAGGAGAAGGAGGAGGAAAACUUAAGGAGAAGGAUAGAUGAUUAAGAUAAAGGAGAUAAAGGAAGAGAUGAAAGAGGAUGAGGAGAUGAAGAUUGAAGAAGGAGAAGAAGGCGGAGAUGGAGGAGAAGGAUGCGAAGGAGGAGGAGAAGAAGACGGAUGAGGAAAUGGAGAAGGAGGAGAAAGAAGAGAAGGAGAAAUAGGAGAAGGAGGAGUGGGUAUUGAGAAAGUCGUAAAAAAGCUAAAAUAUUGUCGGCACACUUGGUGCAUUGCUUUGGUGUAAGUCUUAAUCCUCUCCCUAAACAAGUUUUUUUUAUUAAUUUCUUUUUGAAAGAAUGGUAGUUCUUAGGCACUCCACGUGAAAAUACAAACUGAAAGAAAUUUCUUUAAUUUUCAGAAAAAAUGGAGGAAACAGAGGAUCCUGGAGUCAAGUUUAAUGAUGCAAGGUUGAGCGUCAAGAUGACUGUAGACGGUGUGAACAAGUUUAUUUACACUGUUACAGAGGAAGGUUCUAUGUUACAUAUAAGAUGUUGUUUAUGUGAAAUAACCGUGACAGGAAAGAAUAAUCUAAACCUUCAUGAGUUUGGCAAAAAACAUCUUGGCAACAUUCAACGGAUUCAGAUUAAAACUGAAUCUGUCCUUAACAGUACAGCACCGGCCCCAGUAACACAGAAAAGUACGGCUGGGAACGACAGAGAUAAUCUGAUCAGUACCCUUGAGCUGGAUAAGAAUCUAGUUGGAUUUAGAAAGGAUAGCUUAACACAGCAGCUGCUUGAUACUAUUAAAAAAGAAACCCCGAUAAUUGGUGUCGAGUAUCUUGUCGAGGUUCAGGAGAUAGGAAGUAAACUUGAACCUAAGAUUAACUGUUUAUUAUGUGAGAAGACUCUGAACCUGAAAAGUGAAGUGAAGAGUCAUCUUUUAUCUCCUUCUCAUCGGCUCCGAUACCUAGAAUCAUUCUUUCCGACGGUUCGGAGAAAAUUCGCUAAAGUUCCGAACAUCAAGUAUUGGCAAUCUCCAGCAUACGAUUUCCUGGAGUCGGUAGCGCUGCGGAUAGAAACCAAGUUUGGUCGGGAGAAGAUUGUAACGGUUCAAGGGAUGGAAUACUUCACCCAGAACCUUCCAGCCUUGCAAGCUCUUGCAGAGCUCUCCAGACACUUUACGGAGGAUGAUACUCUUAACUUUAAAACCAUCCCUGAUCCGUUCGGUUCCUUUAUUAAAGAAAUACCGGCUCAGGAAAUUGUAAAUAUAAAUGUUCUGGAAGAACCCUGCCAGAAACCAGGGAUAACCUUGGCCGGGAAGUAUCUGGGUCUAGUUAGAACUGUAAGUAUAAUCCCUCCUGGAUCCAAGGAGAAAGAGAAGGACGAAGUUCUCCAGAGGAUUUCAUCUCUCCGCGCUAAACUGAUGUCCGAUGACGAGCAGUAUAAGACGAUCACAAAGUACAGGAAGAGGAUCGAGAAGGAAGGUGAUAAGGAAGAGGUGGAGGAUGAUACCCAGUACUUCAGAAAGUAUAAUCCUAAGCGUCAGCGACAAAUUUUUAACGGAUUUAAAGAAAAUCAAGGAAACAGAAAUCAAAACCAAAAUAUGAACAGGUCCGGAUCAAGGGGUCGGAGUGUCAAGUCCCGAUCAAGAUCAAGAGAUCGGGGACCCAAGUCCCGGUCAAGAUCUAUAUCCCCAUAUGUCAUCGCUAUGCAGAGUUGGAAUAAGUUCAAACAAAUGGAGUCUGCUAUGUUGAAGAAUGUGAAGACCAAGAAAGAGGUUUUCCAGAAGCGUCCUGAGGAUCAUCCGAGCUACGGAGAGGAAUGGAAACUAUUCUGGAAACAGAAGUAUAACGAGCUUGUGAUAAUGGGGCGGGAUCCUAACACACAUGACUACAAGUCAGAUUGGAUUCCAUACUGGGAAAAGAAACUGGCAGAUUUGUUCGAUCAAGAGGUUCUCAAUAAAACCGACGAUCUCAUGAAAAAGUUCAAUCUACCUUCUGUGAAUGAGCCCAAGAGAGAGGAUUACGAAAGAGCUAAAAGCCCCCCGCGCCGCCGACGUUCACCGUCACUUAAACGUCGGCAUUCGCCACUUCCCAAGCGAAGACAUUCCCCGAGUAUGGAAAGGUACAGACGAUCGUCGCCGAGCCCAGGAAAGAGAAGGAAACGUUCAAGGAGUCCUCGAGGACGGUCAAGAACUCGGAGUCCCGUCCGAGGUCAUAGAAACCAUAGUGGAGAUGGAAAUCCGAGGACAAGAAACCCUUCUCCUCCACAUCCUCGAGGCCAUUUUGGGGACAGGGGUCGUACUGGGCCAAGCAGGCUGGCAAGCCAACGAUCCGAUCUAUAUUCAGGAAUUACAGAGUUGGAGGAUCGUCGGGAUCGUGGCCGAUCCAUCUCUCCACUGGGACUAGGAGCUGAUGCUUUGAGCCGAAGCCAUGAGUUCCACAGAUCAGACAUGUCCGGAGAAAUCGAGGUUAUCUCUGUCCUCCGUAUUCUUACAGCACUAGAGGAUUCCUUAGGUAGUCUCGGACCUCAUGUUAACAAGAUCCUCGCUAGAAGUUUAGCUUUAGAACAGAAGCGAGAUGGAGCUAGCAAAGUAAUCCUGGAGGAUCCAGACAGUGUUUCUAUCUUGGACAUGGUCAAGGAGAAGCUCCACGGUCAGAUGAUGGCCGGCCUGCUCUCCGGGUCCAGGGAGGGGGCUGUCAGGGUAUCCUUGGAUAAUUUGACCCGUUUGCUCCAAGGAGCAACUAAGAAGAGAUCUGUCAACCCAAACCUUCUCCUUGGCUCAGGAUCAGACUCGGAGUCUAAAGGACCGCUUGGAAGUACAAAAUCAGUUAACUUCCUGAUAGCACAGUCCAUAUCCACUGUGCUGGUUUGUACGGGGAGGAUGGAGGUCGCGGGGCCAGAGCUAGAGAAAUUGGUAGAUUUAUUGAUGCAAGACCUCUCCGUCUCCGACACAGUCUCCGAGGUCGGAAGGGUUGCUAGGGAGUAUAUGGAGGCUGUGGCCUUGGAGAAGAAGCUGAUUCAAGAGGAAGCUGAGCGUAGAAAAGCUCCUCCUGAGAUAUAUAAUCGUCCCGUACCCCUUCCCUCUUGUCAAUCAAACUUCUACGACGAUAGUAACGUGCGAAGAGACGAUAUGGUUGGGUCAGGUCCGGCGUAUGUGACACCAAUCUACUCGGGGCCUGGCAUGGCACAAAACGACCACGCGGACGAAUUUGAUGAUUUUACUUCGGACGAAUUAAAGUCUUUGUUAGAAAACUUUGAAUCCUUGUCUAAACAGGAGCAAGAGGAUUUGAUUCAGUAUAUGAAAAAGUUGGAACGAAAUAAACCUGAAAUGGUGAAAGAAUUGUUACCUAUGCUUAACAGAAUUCAAAAUUCUUCCAUGGAAAGAACCGGAAGUAGAAUUUGGUCUCCAGAAGAUCAAAGAACUCUGGCAGGCGGGAGUGAAACCAAUAAAAAAUUUACAUCUGGUAGUGUUAUCAGUAUAGACCUUGGUUCAGACAGUGACCCGGAGACAGGAUCCAGCAAGAGAAGGGGAGAAGGUGGAGGAACUAUGAGUGUCAAGGAGAGGAAAGAGCGGAAUGACAUGAUCAAGUUUAAAGUUAACACAGCAGAGAAGGAGGAGAAGACAGUUCCUGUUUCAAAAAAUGUUUUCGGUGACAACGUUGAAGACUCAGAUAAUGAUGAUCCAACAAAGCAGAAGAAAGAUACUUCUAAAACUGAAACUAAAUCUUCAAAAGAUGAUAUGGAUGAAAUAGAAAUUUUGUCGACUGAUAACAAUCGGAUGACAAGUGAAUAUGGAUCAGUCCCGCGCAAUUCAACUAAUGUUUUCCGUGGAUCGGACAGAAUGUCUGAGAAUAGAUCCUAUACCCGUAAUCCUGAUACAAUGAAUCCCAUGAAUCCUGGAUUGAUGUAUGAACGUGAAUCCGGAUCUAUGGAUUAUCCGAGGAAUAGUAUGGAACCUGGAUAUUUAAAUUUUCCACGAGGACCUGACUCUCUAAACAUUAGAAUGCCUAACAAUACCUUGUCAAACAACCCUGGCAGUGAAACGAGGAACUACUAUAAUGACUGGGAGGAUUCCCAAUUUCAUGACAGUAGAGGAAACCCUCCUUUCCCAAGCGGGAGAUAUUGAACUUUUUGUAUUGACAUUUCAUGUUGUUGUUCACCUUUGGUUCUUCUUGUUAUUUAAAUAUAAGUAAUAAAAUACUUAAUAAAUAUUACACAAUCUUUG